AUGAUGAUGAUGGUUGAUGAUGAUGAUGAUUAUGAUGGUGAUUACGACGAUGAUGGUGAUGAUGAUUAUGUUUAUGAUGAUGAUGACGGUGAUUAUGAUGAUGAUGAUGAUGGUGAUGAUGAUUAUGAUGAUGUUUAUGAUGAUGAUGAUGGUGAUGUUGAUGAUGAUGAUGAU